AUGACGCUCCCCGUGGAAUAUCUCACCGACCUUGAAGGGACCGAGAUCGCGUUUGACGCCGUUCCCGAAUCGCCGUUUUGCUUCCCUGCCAAGACUUGGGUACUUGUUAAGAAGCUAGAUGAAUAUGCAGAUCCCUUAACCCAGAAGGAAGUCACUGAUGGUAUUGGCAUCUCCGACACUUCAGCAAAGUUCCUGUGUCGUCCCGCCGGGCCUGAUAACGCAGACGAGUACGCCUUUAUGCGCAUCCAUCAACAGGUACCCAUUGUCGGUACCGAGAUUAAGAAAGCCAGCAUCCGGGCUCACCAGGCCGUUAAGGAGCCAGAAAACCGAGAGCUAGUUGCCUUGAAGUCGUUCUUCAUCCUCGGAUGCGAGGUUGUCCCUAAGCUACUCGGUUUUCACCAGGGUAAGCAGGACGAAGACGAAGGAGUUCCCGGGGGUUUUGUUACCUAUAUUGUGUGGGAGAAAGUCCCUGGAGAGUCCUUCGACCCGGUCAAGUUCUGGCUUUGGCCCUUCAGCGAGCGAAAGGCAUUCCGGGAUAAGUUUCGUGAAGUGUUCGGGAGGUUUUUAAACUUCGGGUUCAUGCCCCUGAUGCCUAUUCCAUCUAAGAUAAUCUACGACGAACCCUCUGGUCAAAUGCAUAUCUCUGGGUUUCGGUUUGCAUAUCGUUUAGAGGAACCCGAAAAGUGGGAUGAGGCCUUCUUCUUUCGAUUUGAACUUGCCCUGAUAUCACGCGAGCCCGACGCUAAUUUAAUGGGCAUAUCAAGAAACGAAGCAAGCUGGGUCGAAGAUGACAACGGCUGCAUAUGGUAG